UAGAGACUCACGACUGCCGCGUGACUGUGAGAUGCGUGCGUCGCGACGAGAUCAACCUCUCCCUUCUGCUGUCACCUGCAUGGCUGCCACCGAAUCUUUUUCAGCAGGUUGCAGAAGAGCCUUGAUCAGGACUACACACGCGCCCUCGUGACUGCCACUCUAUACGUACGACUGGACCCUUUCAUUAGCCGGCAUGAGCUCCAAGAAGAACAAGAAGGGCAAUAUCAGCGGCGGUAGCAGGCUCUUCUCUGCCUCGCCCUCGCCCUCGCCUUCGCCUUCGCCAGGGACAGGGACAGGGACAGGGACAGGUGCCGCCAACGCACGCGGUCGGUCAGGCACGCCCUUCUCAGACGAUGAUGAGAGCGCGUCCGCACAUACGCCGAACAGGAGACAGCCAGCCGGCGCGCAUUCAGAGGAUGAUCAUCUAGCGCGUUCUCAAGAGACGACGUGGCACAGACGAGCGCGCGAUCUGUGCCGAGAACACCUCAGGACGCUCAGAGCCUGGGAAAUGGUGGUUCGAGAAGACUUGGCAAAGGCCGUUGCGGCUGUAUGCACAUCUUCUGGCUCUCUGGAUGACGCUCUCAAGCUCUCUCCAUCUUCGCUGAUCAAGCAUUCCAGCAUAGCUUCCGCGCUCGAGGAUCUCCAUUCGGACGUGCAAGACUUGCAACUCCUCUUGCCUCGUCUCUCCAAGCUCUCUCACAAGCUACGCCAAACGAGUUUCAGCGCACAGCGCAUACUGACCGAGGCACUGGAUGCUAAAGGGGUCGAGUUCGUCUCCGCACCGCAGUGGAAUACUUGGUCCCUAGACGACAUUGUAGGCGCAGUGCAAGCUCAGGUCUCUGUGCACAUUCUGCAGUCUGUCCACCUGAACAUGCUGAGCCAGCUUCUCAUUCGUCGCGGGUGCGUGGCCGGCUUUGCGAGCGCAUCCCCAGACGCCGGAGUUGGGUCCGCGCCUGCGCCCUCACUACAUAGCGUCGAGGGAAAAGGCAUCAAAGACGAGGGGCAGAGCUCGUCGAGCUCUGCGAGCGAACACUCCGACUCGGAUGCUGCCUCCCGCUCGAGCAGCGCAAGCUCACGCUCUCACACUGCCUCGGAAUCGGAAUCAAGCAACAACAGCCAAGCAUCCAAUGACGCGUCCGGCUCCAGACCAGCUUCAAGGUCGAGCUCGAGGGCCAGGUCCACACCCUCUUCGAGAGCUUCCACCCGUACUCGCGUCUUGGAGGAGUGGCAGGCGCUGCGUCAUCUCAGACCUUUUGCAGCUCCGAGCAGCUCGAGCUUGGACAGGCAGUCGUUAGAGGAGAUUUGCAGGGUCGAGAUUGGCAGAUGGGAUGUGGAGCGAUGAAGCUGGAUGGAAUCACUCUGGGCCCUCCCCUCCAAGCACUUGUCUCGCGCCUCCCGACUCAUCUCCAUCCUUAUCGCACAUUCCCGCUUCACCACCAAAAGCAUGUCUUUGGAAGCGUUCAUUUUCUAUUUGAGCAAGAGGAACA